AUGGGGAAAAAGAGAAUUGUAGAAGAAAUUUAGAAUGAAGAGCCAGAGGAAGUCUAAGAGGUGAAAGCAAAAGUAGAAAAUAAAAAAUAAAAGAAAAUUGCUAAAAAUGAGAAUAAAAUAACCAAAGAUGUUGAUUUCAUUUCAUUCCUAAAAGAGGAUAUUCGAUUUUUAAUUCAACAUAGAAAUCAAGAGAAUGAAUAAAAGUAGUCGAAGGCUGAAGAAGUGUUUAAAAAAAUAGAAGGUAUAUUGUACUAAAUUGCCUAAACCAAAAUUGGAGGCAGGACAAUUCAAUUAGUAAUUAAAUGUGCAGAUCCAAAUAUAAGAUAAUAAAUAUUUUCAAAACUAUUGAAUGACAAACAAUUUGGAGAAUUAUUAUAAUCUAAAUAUGGUCACUAUAUUGGAAUUACUAUGGUUAGAAAUAUGGUUCCUGAAUUCAGGAAUUAAUUUUUCGAGAUUCUAUUCAAAAAUGCUAAUCACUACGUAGCCUAAGGAGAUGCAAGCAUUGUUUUAGAUAGAUUCCUAACAAGGGAAGCAACUACUUAAUAGGUCAAUAAGGUAAAAGCAUUGUUUCAGAAUCACAGUGAAAAAAUUGAUAAUCUAGCAAUGAAGAUCAUAGAAAAAGGAAUUCAUAAUCAUUUGCUUAGUUUACAAAUUCUAAAAGUGGCAUUACCAAAUCUAGUUCCAGAAGAGCGAGAGAAGGUUAUUGAAUACUUUUAGCAAUUGGAGAAUCUCGAUUAUCUUAGACAUAGAGAUGGCAUUUCACUAUUUUGUGCAAUAUUAAAUGUGACUGACAAAAAAGAAAGAAAGAACUUUCUAAAAAACAUAUAAACCUACAUGUAAUAAUCUUAGGAACACUUACACAGAAAUUCUUAAUUUUAUCUAGCUUUAUAAAAGGUGAUAUUUACAUAUGAUGACACUAAAUAAGUUAAUAAAUCAAUUUUACAAGACAUCUUACCUGAAUGGUUAAAUUCUAUACAUGUCUAUAAAAUAAUCUAAUCGAUCUAUUAACCUAAACUUAGAGAUGACAUUAAAUUUGACACAAUUGGUUUAAAAAACACAGUGAGUUUGAAAGAUGAUGAGAUUAGAAUUAAAGAACUUUAAGAUUAUUGUUUUGAAUCAAUCUUGAAUUCUUUGUAAUAAAGUGAAACCAACAUCUUAUUGGAAAGCAAUAUCAAUUAAUUCAUUUGCUACUUUAUUUAAUAUAUCAUUAAGUACUCACAAGUUUAAGCAUUGGAUUUCAUCAAAACUUAGAUUGAAUCAUUACUCUACUUCAGAGGUGACGCUAUCUUUACCAGAGAAGUUGAAUAAAAUGGAAAUUAUUGGAUAUUGACAUAGCCAGAAGCAUAGAGAAUUGCUAAAUGUUUGAUUUAACAAUAAUAAAUUGCUUAAGGCGAAUUCAGUGAAAUCAUUGACAAUUACUGCUAAAAAAUACGGGGUCUUUUGAUAUCAAAUUUGAAAGUGACUCUCAUUAGUAAAGCAAUCUAUUUGUUAUUGGCACUGAUAGAGAAUACUAAUUUGAAAGAAUAAGUUCUCGUGGAGAUCAAGAAAAACAAAAAAUGGAUAGAUAAGUUGGAGAAAACAUAAUCUCUCCAAAUAUUGUAUAAAUAUGUAUGA